CCGCCGCCGCCGCUGCCGCCGCAGCAGAAACGUUCGGCCUGCGGCGGCCGGGGUUGAGCCCGUGCGCGCGGCGCCCUCUGACUCGGGGUGGGGAACAGGACUCGCUCUCCCGUCCUCUGGCGGAAGGCCCUGCCACAGCUCUCGCGUGCUCUGGGGGCCCCGGGGUUCCUUCCAAACAGUCCCCGACUGAGUCCCCUCCAGUCGGGGACCCUCCGCUCUCCACUAAGGAGGAGUGGACACCUGCCGCUCUGCCUCCCUAAAACGGGGUCGUGCCCUCACACCCACACAGAGGGCAGAGAGCUUCACGAUCCCGUUUCGCCCAGUUUUCCAAUCCAGAACCUUCUGAUCUCCGCUAGGUUCUAAGGGCCCCUGCCUCCUGCCCCGUCCACGCUCAUAGGGAGGCAGCCCCCGACCCCAGACAGCCUGGGUCUGGCUCGGUCCCUGCGGGCUCCUUCCAGACCACGCCUUCUCUCUACAACGUGUCCGUGUGUCCCCCCCCCCCUCCCCCCGGCCAAGACCCUCUGUGUUCUUUCCCUUGCUCCCCUUGUCACCUCUUGGAGCUCUUGCUUAACCCGGAUCCAGUGGGUACCUCCUGCCUCAGGAUGUGAGCCCCUGUAACCUGUAAUGCUGUGGCUGGCCCUUGGCCCCUUCCAUGCCAUGGAGAACCAGGUGCUGGUGAUUCGUAUCAAGAUUCCAAAUAGUGGCGCGGUGGACUGGACAGUGCACUCCGGGCCGCAGUUACUCUUCAGGGAUGUGCUGGAUGUGAUAGGCCAGGUUCUGCCUGAAGCAACAACCACAGCAUUUGAAUAUGAAGAUGAAGAUGGUGACCGAAUUACAGUGAGGAGCGAUGAAGAAAUGAAGGCCAUGCUGUCCUAUUAUUAUUCCACAGUAAUGGAACAGCAAGUAAAUGGACAGUUAAUAGAGCCUCUGCAGAUAUUUCCGAGAGCCUGCAAGCCUCCUGGGGAACGGAACAUACAUGGCCUGAAGGUGAAUACCCGGGCUGGACCCUCCCAACACGAUAGCCCAGCAGUCUCCGACUCAAUCCCAAGCAAUAGCUUAAAGAAAUCUUCUGCUGAACUGAAAAAAAUAUUAGCCAAUGGCCAGAUGAAUGAACAAGACAUACGGUAUCGAGACACUCUUGGCCAUGGCAACGGAGGCACAGUCUACAAAGCAUAUCAUGUCCCGAGUGGGAAAAUAUUAGCUGUAAAGGUCAUACUACUAGAUAUUACACUGGAACUUCAGAAGCAAAUUAUGUCUGAAUUGGAAAUUCUUUAUAAGUGUGAUUCAUCAUAUAUCAUAGGGUUUUAUGGUGCAUUUUUCGUAGAAAACAGGAUUUCAAUAUGUACAGAAUUCAUGGAUGGGGGCUCCUUGGAUGUAUAUAGAAAAAUUCCAGAGCAUGUCCUUGGAAGAAUUGCAAUAGCAGUUGUUAAAGGCCUCACCUAUUUGUGGAGUUUAAAGAUUUUACAUAGAGAUGUAAAACCCUCCAAUAUGCUAGUAAACACAAGAGGACAGGUCAAGCUGUGUGAUUUUGGAGUUAGCACUCAGCUGGUGAAUUCUAUAGCCAAGACGUAUGUUGGAACAAACGCUUAUAUGGCGCCCGAAAGAAUUUCAGGGGAGCAGUAUGGAAUCCAUUCCGAUGUCUGGAGUUUGGGGAUCUCUUUUAUGGAGCUUGCUCUUGGGAGGUUUCCAUAUCCUCAGAUUCAGAAAAACCAGGGAUCUUUAAUGCCUCUCCAGCUUCUGCAGUGCAUUGUUGAUGAGGAUUCGCCCGUCCUUCCGGUUGGAGAGUUCUCCGAGCCAUUUGUACAUUUCAUCACUCAGUGCAUGCGUAAACAACCCAAAGAAAGACCAGCACCUGAGGACCUGAUGGUGUGGGAGAGCAUUUGGAGUCAGAAGCCCCGCGUUGGUGUCCAGCCCGGCCCCUUGCUCCGACAACCCUGGACAGGGCUCCGAGUGUCUGUUUCCUCAUCUGGAAGGUGGACACGCAUGGCUGUGUGUGCCUCCAGAGUGAGUGUGGGGAUUCUGUGGGAAAAUGAGGACAAAGCCCUCAGCAGGCACCCGGCACACACCACCCCUCCAUGGCGCUGGACUUAGCACUAGCAUUCUGUAGGGGGUCGUUUCCGUCCAUCUCUGGCAUCUGGCUGUGCCCGCAUCUGCUCCGGCCUGUCCGGAGCCUCCUGGGAACCCAAGCACCUCAGAGUGGCUGAGGAAUUCUCCUGCUCUCUCUAGAAUCAUCCAUCAGAUUUUGUUUGCUUAUUACACUCGUGAGGAGUUCCUGCAUUGUGCGUUGCAGGGCUGGAGGAGUGUCGCUGUAUCCUAGAGAAGAAGCGGGGAACACACCCGCCAGGGUCACAGGGGACAACAGUUGGCCCUGAGAAUGCACCAGCUUAGAAACCAGGAGACCUGAGUUCAGCCCCAGCACUGUUAACCAGUCACUUCCCUCCCUGGGCCUCAGUGUUCUCUUCUGUAAAAUGGGAUGAAGGUAUGCAUGCCCUGCUUCCCACACAGGCCGACGGGGCUGGGGAGCAUCAGGGGAGAGUCACCUGCUACCAUGACAGGCGGGCAUUCUCCCAGUGUGUCCAGGGCAUGGCGCCAACUGAGGUCAGGACCUGGGACAGUGUAGGCUAGCAGCCCCAGUGUCACCUCCGUCCAGGAGGGUCUGAAUCACGGGGCAGAAAUAAAGGUGAGGGGAAUUGUGAUCUGUUUAUUGAUUCUGCCACUUCUGUCUGCUCCCGGUCAGCCUGAGAGAGCCCUGGGCCGUGGUCUUGGGUUUCAGACACCUGUAAUCCAGACCCAGCCCUGGGAGCCCAGGCAGGUCAGCCAUUAGCCAGCGGUCUGCGCUUCCUCGUGUGUAAAGUGGAGAUUCUAGUGCCUGCCUCUGACUUGGUGCCUGUCGCCCAGACUGUGAGGUGCUCGUGGGCCCUGCAGGCUGAGCUGCGGCCAAGCCGGGGGAUCCUUGCCCCGGGGGCCCCUGCUGCUCUGCUCUGCUUCUCUCUGUGCUCCCCUCCUUGCUUGCUGGCUUCCUCUCUGUGCCUCACCACCACCGGCUCCCAAGUUCACAGCUUACAGGCCCUGCUCCCUAGAGAGGCUGGGGUCUCCCUCCCAUAUCUGUCCGUCUCUGUCCCCUCUGCAUCCCUCUAUGAUUCCCCCACACCUCUCUCCAGAGCCAGUCAACAAUGGCUGGGGACAAGACCACCUGUCCAGGUCCCUCCCUGCAGGCGGGUGUACAGCAUCAGGGACGCGCAGGACAGGAGAACCUCCCAGCCAAGGAGGGCGGGAAAGGGGCAGAAUCUCUGCCAGAGCAGUGGAUUCCGGCCCUCUCCUCCUCGUGCCUCCCAGGGCACUUGGGCACAGUGCCCUCCCUGCCGUGCAGCCAUCAGCCUUCCCCUAACUGGAGGAAUGCCUCCACUCUCCCCUCCUGCAGUUCCGCUCUGCUUGUUCCCGAACAGAUGAUAACAGAGAUGCAACAUAUGGGCCCCAAAGUCACCGGGCAUUCUGGGAAAGUGACACUGUGCUAUCCCAGGCUUGAGGGGAGGGGCCCAUCAGCUUCUGAGCACAGCUUUUCCCUUUGUUCUUCACAAGGGCACAAGGUCACCUCUCCUGAGCCUCCUGGAAAGGCAGUGUGCGCACUCAGACAUAGAGGAGGACUUCCCUCUUGUUAGGUAGCGAUUAGGAAGGCAGGUGUAGGGUAGGCAUGUAUACGGGGGAGAACUGCAUGUGGGAGUCAAGAUAGGAGCCCUCCUGGGCCUCUCCUGCUCCAGCCCCAGCCCAGCCGCCUGCAGGACACCAACCCCACCUGGCUUCCAAGACCCAGUGGCAGUUGUGAGGGGCACCUGCCCCGCCCCCCAGUAGUCCCGCACAUGUGUUGGGAUCCCCCGUAGAAUGCGAUGAGCAGAUCCCAGGAAGUGCCCAGGUGGGCCCCAGGCCUAGCUCCACCAUGGCCUCGGUGAGUCACUGCACUGGGCUGAGUGUCCUUGGCACCCCCUAAGCCAAGCUCCCUGCCCUCGUCUGGUGUUCUGUACGGCUUUGAGCUAGACCAUGCCAGGUGCUUUGGAAAAUGGCUUUCCUUACCCGAACUGAGAAAGCCAGGUAAGGGGACGCAGCAGGAGUCCAAGGUAAAGAAGCCUGGAUGGCUUUCCUUCCUAUCCCCAGAGACACAUCAGGUCUGACCAAGCAGCCUCAUUGCCUCCCCUGGCCUGGUCUUAGGCCGCUCCUGCAGACCCUGGGAUCUGGGCACCAGGGCAUAUGAGCCCCGGCCGGCCCGCAUCCCUCCUGCCAUGUGAUGAACUCAUUUUGAGGCAGCUUGGCCUGUGGCUGGCUAUUCCCCAGAGCUGCUGGUCAAGACUGGGGUAUAUGGGGAAAGCAGUGCUGGGAGCCCAGCUCACACCAGUGGGGAAGAGAGAAGGAGCCCGAUAAGGGCUCAGAAAGCCAGAGGUGCACUCGUGCUGGUGGCCUCAGUAUGCUGAGCAUCUGACUUUCUUCUUUGGCUCAGGUUCUAAUCUCUUGGGUCGUGGGAUCAAGCCCUGUGUCCGCACUCAGCAGGGGGUCUGCUAGAAGAUUCUUCUCCCUCUCUGCAUGCUUGCUCUCUCUUCUCUCUCAAAAAAAAAAAAAAAAAAAAAAAAAAAAAAGAUCUAAAAAAAAAAGAAGAAAGCUGAGGGUUCAGGCAAGCUGGAGCUGGAAGGCUGCAGGGGCAGGAGAGGAGGUGGGGGGAAGGGAGGGAAGCAGGAGCCUUCCCACACCCCCCACACAAGCCCACUGCAGCUCCCUGAAUCUCCGGCUACAUUUUUGGUAAAAGAAGAAGCUUUCAGGUGUGUGUUUCUUAGCAGAGAAGCUGCUUGGUAAGGAGGGGGGAAGAUAAUGCUUUUCAGUUUCCCUUUCACAUUUGGCCUGUGGUCAGGGUGACUGACUGCCUCUGCUUUCUUCUGACCUUCCCUGAGAACUCCCAGGAAGCCCUAAGAUUUGUGAAUGUGAAUCUUGAUUCCUCAGGACCGCAGGGGAGGGGACUGGCUAAAUAGAACUGGACCUGCCUUAUAGACUAAGUAAUUUAGAGCCCGACACAGGCCACAUGGAGACAGUCCUGGCCCCUCCGAAGUCCAGGCCCGCCCUGGUCACCAGGAACCAGAGGGGAUCUGCAUCCACCAGCGUAUCUCUCCUGCUCCUGCUACUUUUGCCUUCCCUCCACUUGGAUGUGGGGACUUCCUCAGAGAGCAUAGACAUAGGCCUGUUGCCAAGACAUAGACAUAGAAGAACACCGGAAGGGAGAGAUAUAGCCACGGAGGAGAUGAUUCUCUGAUCUGUGGGCAGCCCCUGGACUGGGGUGCUGGCAACCCAGGGGCCAGGCAUUCGCCAGUCUGCUGUUGGAGUGGUGCGGGGUGCGGAGGAGCCUGGCAGUGUGGAGACAGGACAGGCCCUCCCCCACAGGCAACUUGCAGGCCGGUGGGACUCUCAGGAGGUGGUGGUGGAGCACCGGGCAGAAUCUGAGCUAUGCAGCGAGUGCUGCCCCUCCACUGGCCUCAGUCAAGCUAGCUAUGAAAUGGGUUGAUGGUGUCCUUCUCUUGUAGGGCUAGUGGGGGAGAAGAAAGGAGGUCCAGGCUGAGAACAGGCCUUGGCAAGCGUAAUGAAGCGCAGAGUCUGGGGAAUGUGUGUCACAGCCUCUCUUCCCCUUCCCCCCC